CCCUUCCACAGGAGAGACGGCGAAUAGCGAAACUCCACCAACUCCUCCUCUCCGUCCCGAAGCCCCUCUCCAGCAUCACAGAUCCUGCUGCCGAACCACAUUGCCGCUAGGGGCCCGGAUAGUAUCAACCUGCACGGUGGCUUAGUAAAUCAGACAUUAUGCAAACACGAAGAGAGAUCUGAGUGCGCGUGCGUGCGUGUGAGAGAGAGUUCGUUGCACGGCUGGAUAGAACUCUGAGCGCAGCGUAACGCUGACAACAAAGACAAAGAUCCCCCGUAUAGCCUUGACGGACUGCGUGGCGGGGGGGGGCAAGUGCUGUUAGCGAGCGAGCAGACGCGCGCGCGAAGUAGCAAACACGAGGGGUGGGGGAACGUACGCGCAGACUCUCAACACCCACCCACACACGCGCGCACACAGACACGCACACAUACACACACACACAGACACGCACACACAUACACACACACGAGUGUAUCGUACACUCGAGCACCCCACUUGCGACAGACACACAUACACACACGCGCGCGCAUACACACAUCCACACGCGCACGCAGAGGGGAUGGGCAAGGCCAGACGACGAAUCUCCUCGCUGCCGUUGUAACUCAACUCACACACCCACGCCGCCAAUGUUAAAGCGGCAGACGUUUGGGCGAGCAACGCUCAUUUUGGCGAACGUCUCAGCUGGUCGGCAGGAGGAGCUGCUGCAGCUGCUGCUGCCGCUGCUGCUCGUGGUGUUGGUGACUGCCUGCGCUGCUUGGUAGUAAUCCGCAGCACUGUUGAUGUUCGUGGAUCCUCGUCGUGGCAUCGAAGACGACCGAGGAGGAGGAGGAGGAGGAAGGGAAGCGUGAGCGUGGCGUGGUGAUCACAGAAGCACUUUUCGUUGUAUCGCGUGAACGACCGACGGCGCGCUGCAGCAGCCGCCAGCAAAUUACAGAGUCGGGGAGAAGCCCCAUCCAGCAAGUGCGCUGAUUCUCGUUUUUCGCUGGUGGUGGAGGAGGAGGAGGAGGUGCGUUGGGAGACGGCCGCGCACGCCUCGCCGAGUAGUUUGUGCAUUGCAGCGACGAGCCUCGUAGGCGCACUCGCUGGGCUGGUGGCCUCGUUCGUUUGGUGCCACCGAAGCAGCGGUGGUGGGUGGCGAGCCGAGGGGGGGGGGGGGGGUAGUUGGAGGGGGUUUGUCGAGGCUGCCGUGAAAAGGAUUUGAUUCUCGCCUCCAACUUUCGUCACGAGAUUUGUCGAGCGCGCGGGGUUGGAGAGAGGGGGGGGGGUGGGACUGAGUUGGAGUAGCGAGGAAGGAGGAGGAGUUGGUGGUGGUGGUGUCGAGGCGCCUCGUGUUUCCCCCUCUGUGUGAGUCGGGGCUGUGAUACGGCGCAGUGAAGGAUCGAGUCGGCAUCAGCGGCAUCUCUUUUUGUUUGGGGAGCGUUUCAAUUUUUUUUGUUUCACCGCCACCACACAAAAAAAGCAAAGCUGCCGACAACAGAUAUACGUAGAGAGAGAGAGGGGAGAGUCUCACUUUUUGCGGUUCGAGUGGAAGCGACCACAUUAAGAUCCGAGCGUUUCCCAUUGAGAUCGAAGUAAGAGUCGCGCAGAGGCGGAGAACAACAACAACGACAACAACAACGAGUGAACGUCUCUGGACUCGUCCCCGGCAACGUCAAGUGCUCGGAUUGAGAACGCUCGACUGUUGCUGGUCUGAAAGCAACGCGCGAUAAGACGCCGAUUUAAAUCUCCUGGACUCGCCUGACCCCGAAGGUUCAGCUUGAACCAUCAUCACCAUCAUCAACCAUCGUUCAUCCCGAGCGUUCCUAUUCGAAAGCGCUCCGAUUGAACACUCCGCUCCGAUUUUUUUAAAAAAAAAAUUCUGAUCCGGAACGAUAAGAAGAUAAGACGUGGCUGGCGGAGACGCCAUGAGACACACGUCCCAGGGAGGAGGAGGAGGAGGAGAAGGAGGUCUGUAAGGUUUUCGGAGAGAGAAUCCGAGACGAGUCGAACGGAGGAGUUCGCGAGACGAAGAGCGCGCGAGAGCGGUGGCCACGUCUCGCCAUGGAUCUGCGGACCCAGCUGCUGAUCGCGCUCUGUCACGUGUGCUUCAUCGGCGCCAAGGAGCCAGAGAUGCCGCAGGCCGUGAUGGACGUGCUGUCGCGGGCUGAAAUCCACAGCAUCAGCGACCUGCCCUUCCUGCUGCCGUUUGACUCCGUAGAGUACUACUCGUCGGAGAGCAUCCUGCGACCGAGGAGCGUAUCGCACACACGGAGCAGGGACAGCCCAGAGGAGGCCCAGAUCGCGGCGUGCAAGCCGCGCAACGCGAGCGUGGAGAUCCCGCGAGCGCUGCUGGACACCUCCUCCGCCAACUUCAUGCUGUGGCCGGGCUGCGUGGAGCUCCCGCGCUGCUCGGGCUGCUGCAACACGGCGGCGCGGCGCUGCACGCCGUCGCGCAUCCACACACGCCAGCUCAAGGUGGCCAAGAUCGAGUACACGCGCAAGAGGCUGCGCAUGAAGGAGGUGCUCGUGAAGAUGGAGGAGCACCUGGAGUGCCGUUGCGAGUGCGUGCCCGAGACGGCGUGCGGAGACCUGGAGGUCUACGACAGGGACGCAUGCAAGUGUGUGCCAGCGCGCCGCAAGAAGAGGAGGCGCCAGCUGUGUCAAGACCACAUGGGCCCCAAGGGUGUCAGGAGGAGAUGAGGCCCGUGGUGACCGGCGUGGCCUCCGCUACAGAGACCCCCCCCCCCCCCCCCCCCCCCCCCCCCCCCCCCCCCCCCCCCCCCCCCCACCUCCUGCCCGCGUUAAUUGUAUUAUUGCAAUAUAUAUUAAUAAUGUUUCACAAUUUGUAUUGUAUUGCUACUAUUAAUAUGAAUGAUGACGAUGAAGACGACGAUGAUGAUGACGUCAAUGGCGAUGUUAUUGCUUUGGAAGACGACGAUGUGCGACGCUGAAGCGAUUUUGCGGGCGGCGCGGUUUUGUCGAGGGAUGCGGCGAGUCAGCCUGGAGAGAGGUGUGGGAUUGAGUGGGAUUGACUGGGAUUGCGUAGGAUUGUGAUGGUGUGGGAUUGAGUGGGAUUGCGUUGGAUUGAGUGGGAUUGCGUAGGAUUGUGAUGUGGUGUGCGAUUGUGUGAGAUGGGGGAAGUUCGGUGUGACAUCGUGUGAUAUGGUGCUGAAAUGUCGUGAAAUGUGACCUUGGAGCAUCUCAACUCCAUCAGUCUGGGUCUCAUCUUUCACACAACCACGAACGGACGGCCUUUGACGGCAAUGAGCAGAACACUCGCGGAUAAUGACGUAAACAAAUUUUGACCAAAUGUUUAAAUUAUUAUAUUAUUUUUCGUGUUGUUGGAGUGUUCGAAAUGUUCAUGUGCAUGCGCGUGUGUUUGUCAUCACCUAGGUCGACUCGGCUUUAACUGGUGCGGUGUGUGUAAACAUCAGCACUGGGGAGACAAAGGUGGCCGGGCGUGGUGCUGGCCACCCACCCCCUCAUAGGUCCACCGUGAUCGCUCUCAGCGCUUUCCCUCAACGGGCUUUUGUUUAAAGGCUAAAAUGGGGAUCUUUGUCUUUAUCAAAGUGAUGACUUAUAAAGAUCCCCCAUAUAUCCUUCACAUGCCGUCGGGGCAAGUGCUGUUAGCGAGUAGCAC